GGGCUGCGCAAGCCGUCCCCGGUGGCAGACUGUUUGCUCAUGCUGGUGUACAAGGAUAAAUCUGAACGAGCGAAAGGGCAUAAGGAGAGGAGCAGCAUGACCUUAGAAGACAUCUGUGGCUUGGAUCCUGGGCUCUCUUAUGAGGGCUUGAGUCAUACGCUUGCAAUCAUCUGUCUCUCUCAAGUUGUGAUGCUUGGAUUUGAGAACAAGGAAACAAUGUAUGCGUGGGAUGUACGAAUCCGCUACAGUUUGGGAGAAGUUCAUAGAUUUCAAGUUUUCGUAGCACCUGGCACUAAACUAGAGAGUGGGCCUGCUACGCUGCAUUUCUGCAACGACAUUUUCGUCCUCGUAAAAGACCUUCCUCCCAGUGUCAUGGGGCAGUGGAAGCUCUCGGAUCUGCGUCGAUACGGAGCUGUCCCAAAUGGAUUCAUCUUUGAAGGGGGUACCAGGUGUGGCUUCUGGGCUGGUGUCUUUUUCCUUUCUUGCGCUGAAGGAGAGCAGAUCAGCUUUCUGUUCGACUGCAUCGUCCGUGGCAUCUCCCCGACGAAAGGCCCUUUUGGUCUGCGGCCAGUCUUACCAGAUCCAAGUACAAAUCCAGCCUAUUCAGAAGAGAGAUUGGCUCAUGAAGCUUUGCAAUUGGAGAAGCGCUUGAGCCUGCUGUCCCAUACCAGUCGCCAGGGCAGUGGAGGAGAUGAUAGAAGUAUUUCAAGCUCAUCCUCAGAUACCAGCCACUCGGAUGUUAGUGUUGGGAGCAGGCUGACAAUUUGGCCUGAACAGUCUUCAGCCAGCACUUCUCAAGAGAGUCACGGACUGGCAGCUGCCAAGGGCAUCCAUCUGGGGGAAGAAAAGACCCACCCCGAAGGGGCACGUGGCCUCACUAAACCGCCUCCAAAGCCUCUCCGGUCCAGACAGCUGCAGGAAAUUGGACGUCAGAGUUCUUCAGACAGUGGAAUAGCUACUGGUAGUCACUCUUCUUACUCUGGAAGUUUCUCUUCCUAUGCUGGGAGCUUGGACAUUUGCCACGGUGAGGAGUUUGGGUCAUUGCUAAGCUUGCCGUUGAACUUUCCUUCAGAUCAGAAUUUAUGUACUUGUCCUCACAGUGAGCCCCAGAGAGGAGCGGGCUCAGAGUAUCAGGUUCCCAGCUCUCUCAGACAUAUUUAUGAUAUCCCCAGGAGUUUGUUACAGGCAGCUGCCAAAGAUGUGCAGCCGAAGAGUGCUGAUUCCACGCAACCCAAGGACCAGCCCCUGGCACCUCAAGGCAUUAGUGACCCAAAACUGCUUAUACCACUCGCAGAAGCACGAAGGGCACCUGAGCACAGCCGGGAGAGACGGAGACCUCCAUCCUUGCUCUCCCAAAGCUCCAAGGACUCCAGUGAUGAGACAUAUGUGGAUUUUGUUACGAGGUGGUCAGACACAAAGCCCCAAGGACAGGUGUCCGACUCGAAAAGUAGUGGGUUGGCACCACCUAGUGGAGUCUCAGCUGACCCCUAUGACAUAUGUAGCCCCCACCCUGGGAUGACAAGAGCUCUUUUUUCAGCUUGUCCAAUCUGUGGUGGAUUAAAGGGAACAGCAGUUUUACAGUCUGGAGUCUUACCAGCUAUACCAGCAGGUGCUUCUUCUGUCAUGGCAGCUUCUGGAUCUCUGAAAGUGCAUAAAGGGCACACUCUGCAAGCUGGUCCUAAAGGUGGCUGUGAGGUGCCAACACUUUCUGCAGAACCUGGAACUCCUACUAGCCCUGAGGAAUCUGAAGGUGCAGUAGGUUACUCAGCUGACGUCCCUGCAUCAGAUCGACCCCACAGUGAGACAGCCACCUAUGUUAAUAUUCCUGUCAGUCCUACAUCCAAAAAACUACUUCAUUACAUGGAACUGGAACUUCAAGAAUCUACGACAAGCAUAAGAGGGGGUGGCUCGUCCCGCUACGCUCAGAUAGACAUCGCGGCCACGGAGACGGCGCACAAAGUGGGGACGCAGCACGCGCAGGGCCGCGAGGAACGCCUGCAGCAGCUGGAGCACAGGAAGAAAGGGGCUCCCCAGUGA